AUGCGAGCUUUGAAGUUGCGUGGCAAUUCACACAUAAAUGUGCUCAUCAGUGGUCAAAGAUUUUUUUUGAUCUAUCCUAAUAUUUUUUAUCUGAUUUACAGUUAUAUCGACUAUCUAUUCCUAGGAGAUUAUGUUGACCGGGGACAACACAGCUUGGAAACUAUUACUCUUCUGCUUGCCCUGAAGGUUGAAUAUCCCCAUAAUGUACAUUUAAUUCGUGGGAACCAUGAGGCAGCAGACAUCAAUGCUCUUUUUGGCUUCCGGAUUGAGUGUAUUGAGCGCAUGGGGGAGCGGGAUGGAAUUUGGGCAUGGCAUCGCAUAAACCGGUUAUUCAAUUGGCUUCCUCUAGCUGCCCUUAUUGAAAAGAAAAUCAUCUGCAUGCAUGGUGGUAUUGGUCGGUCCAUAAAUCAUGUAGAGCAGAUAGAGAACAUUCAACGCCCGAUUACGAUGGAAGCAGGCUCUGUUGUUCUAAUGGAUUUGUUGUGGUCUGAUCCAACAGAAAAUGAUAGUGUUGAAGGAUUACGACCAAAUGCUAGAGGUCCAGGUUUGGUCACUUUUGGGCCUGAUCGUGUCAUGGAAUUCUGCAACAACAAUGAUCUCCAGUUGAUUGUUCGUGCUCAUGAGUGUGUGAUGGAUGGGUUUGAGCGCUUUGCGCAGGGACAUUUGAUUACUCUUUUCUCUGCUACCAAUUACUGCGGUACCGCAAACAAUGCUGGGGCAAUCUUAGUUUUAGGAAGAGACCUUGUGGUAGUCCCAAAGCUCAUUCAUCCAUUACCUCCAGCAAUUUCAUCACCAGAAACAUCACCAGAACACCAUAUUGAAGAUACAUGGAUGCAGGAGCUUAAUGCUAACAGACCUCCAACACCAACUAGAGGCCGCCCUCAAGUUGCAAAUGAUCGAGGUUCUCUUGCCUGGAUUUAGGGUCUCCUUUCAGGUGUUUGAUAUUCUUUCAAUGGCCUCAGAGGCCUGAGGCUAGUUCCACCAGCUGGGUUGUGCUGGUGGUGUUACAUGAAGCAUGAUGGCUUGAACUUAUCUGGAAUUCCGAAACAUGCAAUCAUGUCCAUGAUUCAAUUGAGGUUUUCACCACAAGCCUCAAGUACCUUCGGCAUAUGGUGGAUUGGCAAAGCGGGAGUCUGAUUGGAGCUGAGUCAAAGUCAAGGUUGCAGGUAGUGGGAUUGGUUGAUUACGUUCAUCAAAGUAUCAAAAUGACUCUGCAUAUCUCUCCAGAGCCUCUUGUACAUUGAGCCAUAGACAGGUAGAAGUUACAUUAAAGUUCUUGUUUCUCCCAGUUGGAGUGAUAGUCAUUGGGUAUAUCUCUCAUUAGUUAUUAUUCUUUUUGUUUCCCCCACCCUCCCCCCCGGUUCCUUUGUCUCAAGAGGACAUAUGGGGUCUUAUAUAUGAUGGUUAGAUAAUAUAAAAUCUGUAUGGGCGUCCAUGUAUCAUAGAGUUGUUGGUAAGGUGCAAUCAGUGUCUUGUGUAAUUUUCUUCGUGCUGUUUUGUACAAUGUAGCUUUCGUGUGAAAGGGAUAUGACUUUUUGCUUUUUGUUGAAAAGUUUCUGAGAAAAAAAAAAAAUGAGGAAAUUGUGUUA